AUUAUGUCCUCAACCAAGGACGAGAGUGAAUCCAACCCGAAAGUAAACGAGAUUCAAAAGGAAACGCCGACGACGAAUACCGACGAGACGAACAGUGAAGCCGAUUUCUUCCCUGAAGGUGGGCGAGAAGCUUGGCUUGUAGUUCUGGGUGCAUGGUGUGCGCUGUUCUGUACCUUUGACCUUGUGAGUUGCGGUGGAACAUUUGUCGAAUACUAUAAAAAUGGGCCUCUGGCAUCGUACAGCACGGGCACUGUCAGUUGGAUCACCAGUGCGCAAGUAUUCAUCCAG